AUGCGUGAAAUAGUUCAUCUUCAAGCUGGUCAAUGCGGUAACCAAAUUGGUUCUAAAUUCUGGGAAGUCAUUUCUGACGAACACGGUAUCGAUCCAACUGGUACAUACCAUGGCGAUUCUGAUCUUCAACUUGAACGCAUCAACGUUUACUAUAACGAAGCAGCUGGAGGCAAAUACGUUCCACGUGCUGUUCUCGUCGAUCUUGAGCCAGGAGGCAAAUACGUUCCACGUGCUGUUCUCGUCGAUCUUGAGCCAGGUACCAUGGACUCUGUUCGCAGCGGCCCAUUCGGUCAACUCUUUCGACCUGACAACUUCGUCUUUGGUCAAUCUGGUGCUGGCAAUAAUUGGGCCAAAGGCCACUACACCGAAGGUGCUGAACUAGUCGAUUCAGUCUUGGAUGUUGUUCGCAAAGAAGCCGAAUCGUGUGAUUGUCUUCAAGGCUUUCAGCUCACUCACUCACUCGGUGGUGGUACUGGCUCUGGCAUGGGAACUUUACUCAUCUCCAAGAUCCGAGAGGAAUACCCUGAUCGUAUCAUGAUGACAUUCAGUGUUGUUCCAUCACCCAAGGUAUCGGACACUGUUGUCGAGCCAUACAAUGCAACUCUAUCUGUUCAUCAACUCGUCGAAAACACCGAUGAAACUUAUUGUAUCGACAAUGAAGCUUUAUACGAUAUUUGUUUUCGAACACUGAAACUCACCACACCAACAUACGGUGAUCUCAACCACUUGGUGUCAGCGACCAUGUCAGGUGUCACAACCUGUCUUCGCUUUCCAGGUCAAUUGAACGCUGAUCUUCGCAAAUUAGCGGUGAACAUGGUCCCAUUUCCUCGUCUUCACUUCUUCAUGCCUGGCUUUGCACCGUUAACAUCACGUGGUUCGCAACAAUACCGUGCACUCACUGUUCCCGAGCUCACCCAACAAAUGUUCGAUUCUAAAAACAUGAUGGCUGCAUGCGAUCCUCGUCAUGGUCGAUACUUGACUGUUGCCACCAUCUUCCGUGGUCGCAUGUCGAUGAAAGAGGUCGACGAACAAAUGUUGAAUGUUCAGAACAAGAACUCGUCGUACUUCGUUGAAUGGAUUCCAAACAAUGUGAAGACAGCUGUUUGCGAUAUUCCACCUCGCGGUCUCAAGAUGUCAGCAACAUUCAUCGGUAACAGCACAGCUAUUCAAGAGCUGUUCAAGCGCAUCUCUGAACAAUUCACUGCUAUGUUCCGUCGCAAGGCUUUCUUACAUUGGUACACAGGCGAAGGUAUGGAUGAAAUGGAAUUCACUGAAGCUGAAUCUAACAUGAAUGAUUUGGUUAGCGAAUACCAACAAUAUCAAGAUGCAACAGCUGAAGAAGAGGGCGAGGGCAUGGAAGGUGAGGAAGAAGAACAAGCCUAG